AUGGGUACGCAGAAGCCGGGAGAAUGGGCAAACACUCUCAUUGCAAGAUUUGAAGAACAAUUACCAUACAAAACUGGUGCCCAAAACCUUCACUCCCGCAUAAAUGAAGAACAGUGCAAGGCGUGCCUGGUUCAGAUCAGCAGGCAUAGAUUCUCUCUUGUGAUAUCAGGCCUCACUAAGAUAUUGCAGAGAGUCAAUGAGCUGUACCAACCCACCCUAGGAACAUGCGUCACAAGGCCUCUAACUGAAAUCGAGAAGGGCUAUCACGACAGCCUGGUUAUAGUUUUAGAUACACUAGAAAUAUGCCUUAGCUCUCAGCCGAAAGACACCGCCAAAUAUGAAGAAGCCAUGAAUGUUAAGAUACUGCUUAGGGAAGUCUGCCAGUUUAUAGAUAUAAGAAAUGAAGCCAACAUUCAUAAUACUCUGCUUCGUCAGUUGGCCAGCAAAGUUUUAUUUGCAUUAAGUUUAAAUUUCUUUAAUGCUGUAUUUAAUAGAAUCAGUGCUAGAUUACAAGAACUCGCAACUAGCUCAGAUGAGAACCCCGAUUAUAUAGAUAUAGAGCUGAUACAACACAUAAAUAUUGAUAUAUUGAGGCUUAUACGGCUUUUCACAGAAUGUAUUCAAAAGUUUAAGUUAUUAAGAAAAUACACGCCUAUAGUUUUAGUGAUGUCUCUCGAAAAAGCUGUCUGGAAUUGGAUGGAUACUUAUCCACAGGAAUUCCUGCAAGUACAAUCUCGGCCUAACGACGAACUCAGUAAAUGCUGCGACACACUUUUCGAUAUUCUUCAAGACAGCUAUUCAGAGAAUAAGAAAACCCGGGUCGCUAUGUGGCCAUUGCAGAUUAUGUUGCUUAUUUUGAACCCUAAAGUUUUAGAAGAGAUCGUGAACGCUGACAGUGGCGCCCCCCUGCAGUCCAAGGCAUUCAAAGAAAAAACACUUCAUCGAUGCUGUAAAGAGAGGACUGAGUGA